AUGGACGGUGGCGGUGGCGAAACGAUUGUGGAAGUUGGAAAAGCCGCGGAGACAGUGUCCGAAGAAGGCGAGACCUCGUCCUUCCUGUACGCGACGGAAAGCCUCUGCAUGCGGUGCGGAGAGAAUGUAAUGGCGUCUCCCCAGAAGAACAGAAAAAAAUUAUCUUCAAAUUCUGUUUUUUUUCUCUCCCUGAUUCUUUCAGUUUGCUGACUCUGCGACAGGGCACAACCAGGUUCCUUGCAACCAGGAUUCCACAUUUUAGGGAGGUAUGUUUUACCCCUUGCUUCUCUCAUUUUUUUCUUCUUCUUCGCCAUUGUGAUUUUUACCCAUCUUUAAUCUCUUUUCCUGCUAAUUUAGGUUAUACUGAUGGCCUUCGAGUGCCCCCACUGCAACGAAAGGUCCUCAGUCUGAACUAAUUCAGAAUGCCGUCCAUGCUGUUAGACUUUAUAUGUCAUCCAAAAAUGUACUUGCGCCACUAAAUACCAUCUUUGACUUUCUAACAAUGGUCAUGACUUGUGUUUCAUUCUUCAGAAAUAAUGAAGUGCAGUUUGCUGGUGCUAUCCAGCCCCGAGGCUGUCUUUACAGUUUGAAAGUUCCAUCUGGUGAUGUUCAGGUAAAUACAGAUUUUUGUUGAAAUUUCUUUUCUGGGGUUUGAUACGCAUUUGUGUCGUGUACGUCGUAAGUCACUUCCUUCUCCUUAACCUAUUAAUUAUUAUCCACUGGGAACCUUCACUGCUGUACUUACCUGUUUAAGUAGGAACGCUGUGCCCUCUAUAUGACGUGUUAGCCAUUUCAUUGAGUUCUGGUUUAUAUUUUUCCAUCAAUUAUGAAAUCGAUAAUUUCGUGCUAGAUUUUUGCUCUAAUUUCCCUAUCUGGACUCCAGAUGGAUAUGAAUCCCAUGGACGUGUAAAUUGAGGCAGGGAUCAAAUAAGCCUAUCUUAAGACAAAAUAUAGAGCGUAAUUUGUUAGAUUAGUGAUAAUUUGUCUGUUAUCUAUUGGUUUCAAAGGAUAAGCAGAUUGAUUGAUAUUCUUGGCUAUGGGCAGAUGAGAAAUUCGUUGCUUUCAAGACUUGACGCAUUGUGGGAAUUUUAGACGAAAUUUUCUAGAUUAUUGAGCUUGGAACUGCUUAUCUAGAACGGAACUUGAGAUGAAUGCUGCCCAGUAUAUUCAUAAAUGGCUGACUUGGAGGAAAUAACUACUAGUAUUUCACAUUUUUGUUAAAUUUAGUGUGAAGUGACUGAAGAUGGAACAGUCAAGCUGUGUAUUUUAGAUUUAUCGUUUCAGCAGCAAUGCUUAGAAAUAGUAGUCAUAACCAAAGGUGCCUAUGAAGUUAGGUGAAUGUGUGCAUAAUAUUCAUACAGGGUCUUACUGUUUGCUUGCUAUGUUGAGAUAUUCUUCGUGCAUUGGUUAAUAAAGCGGCCUGUGGCGAAUUGAAAUUUGAUUGUUGUAAAUAGUCUCCGGUUAAACUUUAUCUGUAAACCAGAUGCAAUGCUAUAAUCACCAAGGGAAAUAAGUAGAAUUCUAAAUUUUCGGUAGUCCGAUCCUUCUUUCCCUCUUCACUCACAUCAUUAUGUAUUAUUUUUUUUUCUUUCCAUCUUUCCCUCUUCACAUGGGAAUAAUAUGGUAGAAUGAGAAGUUGAAACCAAAGUUCAAGUGUUGUAAUUGUCAAGAACAUACGUUUUUUGUUGAUUUUCGUAAGGGUACAAGUAUUUCACUUAGAUCGUGGCGAAAAGGUUUGUUGCUUUCUCAUUCACAAUCCUACCCGUGUGUGACUACGUAGAGGACAAAAAUGUUUGUCUGUCUUUGUAAUAAUACCAGUUGUCAAAGGGAAUUGCCUUCUUGGAAGAGAGUGUAGUAGAUCCCCUGCUGCGUCUUAAUAUUGCUGAUGUCAGUACCUGUUAGUUUGAUGAUAACUUACAAUGAACCGUACAUCAACGGUCUCUUGUCCAGUUUAGGAACCCCUUUGAUACUCUAUGAACAAUUGAAAAAACUGUGCUUAGGGCAUGAUAUCAAGUUAUAGGGAAGAUUUUGCAUCCUGUGUAAUAGAAUGCAAAAUCCUGGGUUACAUCUAUGUCGUACUAAUUAUAUUCCUUUUUUGCAGAUUCUUAACCGCCAAGUGGUAAAAUCUGAUUCGGCUUCCAUCAAGGUGUGGUUCGUGUGCUGAAUGUGUAUUUUUCAAAUUCAUUUUUCCUUGAAAUGGUGGUGCUUGAGUUUUAAAGAAAAUACCCCCCCACCUCUUCUAGUCAUAUUUUCAUGUUCGUACUUCGGUUGAUUAUCAUUUCUUGUCCAUGACAUCCAGCUCUCUCUGUAAAUGUUUCGAAGGGUUUAAUGAAUAUGCACUUGCAUUUAGGAAGAGGUUUAAGAAAUACAAGUCAAAAAGGCCUGCUAGGGGCCAGAACACGAAUCAACAUACCUCUCGACAUUAACAUUCUAGCAUGUUGCCUAUAGGUUGUUCUAAAGCCUACUUAUUGUAUGUGCUUUAAGCAUCAAUCUGUUUUUCUUCUACAUUGUUAUGGCUCGUUUGAUAUUUUAUUUGAAGAAACCGAAUUAAAGUCAUUGCAACAUACUUUACUGAACUUCUUUUUCAUCCAUUUAUUGUCAAUUGGUGUUCUUUCGUCAUAGUUUAUGGCAAUUUUCGUCAUAGUUACGAAUCAGCAUACUCUAUAUGAUGUUUCUUCUGUCCUUUUGUUCUUAGGGACUGUACCAUAUAUUACUGUGAGAAAUGAAGUGAUCUCCCUUCGACACCCACUUGCUUCUAAAUAUAAGAUACCACCGAGAGAAACAUGCAGCUGCUUGAUGGCAGAAAAACAUAUAAAGGAGUGAUUCCACAGAAAAUUGCCCAUCAUGGUUAGACUUCUAUAGAGUGUUUGUUAAGAAUGAAAAAUAUGUCUUACCUCUAUUGUGUUCCAAGUUUCCUUUUUAUUGGAUGGGCUAUACCAAGCUUUGUAAAAAUACUUAGCCUUUGCCAUUUUUUCGAUGUCAAGCAUAUGAAUAUCUGUGGAAUAAUUGCUCAGUAUUGAAUCCUGCUUCAGUUUUCCAAAUUUUUUUCUAUAAUUCUCUUAUUCGGUUUUCAAGGACCAAUCUCUGUGACUUUAUUAAUAUGUAGUGAAAAAAGAAUUGUUCUCUCAGUGUUUAGUUCUCAUAUAGAAAUAUCUAGAGCCUGGUGAGAAAGGAACGACUCAUUUCUUGUCUCAAUUCAGGACAUGUAUCCCACUCUUGGAUAUGUUUCAUUGUCUGAUAAUUUGUUUUCCACCAAAUCGCAUCUCCUGCCAAGAUUUUGCUGUAUCAUUUUGGGAGGAAGCUGGUAUUUCAUAUGUUCCAUAACUAUGUGAUGUGUGUACAAUGGUAUGAGUUGUUUUGAACUAUUGGCUUGGUCCUUGACACCAUUUCCCCAAGACGACACUUUCUUUUUUUUAAGGAACGUUGUCCUAAUGGCUAGAACAUCAUUUCACCCAAGGCACUGCUGCAUGAAAUUGAUGUCAUAUUUUUUCAAGUGUAAACACUUUUUUUCGCGUGUAGGUGAAAUUGACGAACCUCUUGUGUGGUCAUCUGCACAAAAGUGAUGGCUUUGAUUUAUCUGCGUUUCCCUGUGUUCCGAUUGAUAAUUGCUGUUUAUCUAUCUCAUUGACCUUCUCCUUGUUACAUUUCCUUUCAGAUACCGGAGUUGGAAUUUGAGAUUCCUCCUGAAGCUCAACGUGGAACUCUUUCUACUGUAUGCCAACCGUUCUUUUAGAUAUGUGAUUCUAUUGAAUUGGAAGUAACCAUAACGGAUGUUGAUAUGAACUCAUAGUCAGAAGCUUAGCAUCGCUCUAUAUUCCUAUACUAGUAUUUUGGUGUCAGAUCCAUUCUCUAUUUUUUGCAUGUCCAUGAAGUAUGCUCCCGGUUUGUAGAGAAUUACCUGUAACUGGCGGUGACCUUUUUGGCGCCUUACCUGCUUGGUAAUAUGCUUAAUAAUAUUCAUAUACACUUUUAAUAUUUAUAAGCACUUGGUAUUAUUGGGAAACAGGAGACUGAAGAAACAUAAGACAUGUCAGCUAUCUUAGCGUAGACUUCGAAUAUCUUCUUCUAGUGCAUAAACGGUGCACGUUCUGUUGUGAUUUUUUUACCUUGUAGGUGGAAGGUGUGCUAUUGCGAGCUUCUGAGGAGUUAGAGGCCCUUCAAGAGGAGCGUAAGGUAUGCUGCUGUGGAGCAUUUUUUUACUAGAUUAUUACCAUAUAUUUUAAUUUGUCAAGCAUUACUCUUUUUUCCUUUUGCAGAAAGUGGCUCCUGACACAGCUGAAGCCAUCAACGCAUUUUUGAAAAAGCUGAGAUCAUUUGCGGCAGGAGAUGCUUCCUUUACAUUUGUUCUCAACGAUCCAGCUGGAAAUAGCUUUAUUGAGAACCCGUAAGUUCUUGGAAACCAGGUCCAGGUCCCAGUUCAGCGAAAUGUACUGUCAUUCCAGAUUCAGUUUGCAUUCUCCUUUUUUUUUUAAUUGGUUGGUAAUGAUGUUUUUCAAAUCAUCGUGGUUAGAAUCCCCAGGCACUUAAAAUAAUUAAUGACAUAUACUCUUUACCAUACUUUUAGAUGAUGUUGGGGUCAGCAGUACACCUUUCUACUCCGGACAUUGGACCAACACUGAAAUGUCUCAACAACUGUAGUCUCAUUGAUGCACCUUCUGGCCUCAUUUUUAUUACGUUUUCCCCAUUUAUGUCAAAUAAAGCUUUCACCCCUAUGGUCAGGGAGUGAAUUGUAUUUUCAUUUUACACUGGUGUGUCAAUUCUGCCCGUGGUUAUUCAACUAAAGUAGAUUACGUGCAUCUGGACAGGUUAUGUCACUCUCAUGUCUUGGGUUGUAUGAAGGAAUCUGGGUCUCAAUUUCACAAUCUCCUCUCGAUCAUAUUCCAUUUUAGGAACUAGGAAGCUACAGAUCGUUCUCAUUUUACAUUGGAUUUAAUGGUGUGAAGUUAUCAUUAAAUAGUGAAAUGAGACUAUAGUCUUGGUCCAUCAAACGGGAGGGAUGUUACCUCCUUUGCUGGUGUAUUUUCAAUCAUUUUCCCUUCUCAUCACUGCUUAUUAUCCUCUUUGAUGUUUUCCUAUUUCUUGCUUUUGCUUAUUAAAAAAGAUUUUGAUGAUGACUUGCUUCUUGAAUCCUCUUUCUCUUAAAUUGGCUUUCUAAGGUUUUGAACUACAAACUUCUUUUUUUUGUUUAGUGACUGGAUUGACAAUAUGUAGCAUGUAUAUUAUUAUUAAUUCAUUAAGGUCCUCUGUCUCUCCCUCACUCUCUGACUCUGAAUGUUCGCCUCUUUUUUUAUUUCAUAGUUCUUUGAUUCUCACUACUGAUUACAUUGUCUUUUCAUCUUGUCAAGAUCGAAAUUAUUGAUUUCUUGAUGUAUUAUGAUUUUGUUUUUUGAUCAUUCUUUGCAAUAAUAUAGGUAUGCGCCAUCUCCGGAUCCAUCACUAUCAAUCAGCUUUUAUGAACGUUCAAGAGAACAACAAGCAUCCUUAGGGUUUCUAUCUGAGCCAUUUCAGGCUGGAGAUUCCGAAAUAAAUUCUGGAGAUGCAUCAUCGGUAAGCCCACAAAGGGAAGCGCAUGGUUCAAUUGGAGCAGUUGGCAAUCGUCGGACAAUUGCUCAGGCUGACAGUGAAGAAGUUGCUGCUGCAUUAUGCAGGUACACGGCACCAGAAGAGGUGGGUGUUGCAGGUUGGCAAAGAAUUCGACAUUCUUUAAUUUCUCAGGCUAAUGCUAAUCUUUCCUUGCUCAGGUUCUAACCAUGCCAUCUACAUGUGGAGCUUGUGGGGUCAGCUGUGUCACUCGUUUUUUUGCGACUAGUAUCCUUCUUCCUUCCAUUCUGUGCCCUACGCUAAUUGGGUACAAAUGAUUUUACUGGGUAUGCCAAAAAAUCGUGCAGGGUACUGAAUAUUUUAAUGCACUUUCCUCAGAAAAUUAUUUCAAAGUUGAAUAUGCUCUUGUUUGGCACUAACUAGAUUACAGAGAUUCCUUACUUUCGGGAGGUAAUCGUAAUGGCGACUACUUGUGACCAGUGUGGUUACCGCAGCUCUGAGGUUUGUUAAUACCGCAGAAGCAUAUGAUCUUAGAUUCAUCUUUAAUGCUCAUACCUGUGUAUGGCAUUACCUUGCUGCAAACAUUUUAUCUCAUGCUCUCUCCCAGUUUCAUUUACUUUCUUUGAACAAAACAGUUGAAGCCUGGUGGUGAGAUUCCAGCAAAAGGUCGGAGGAUUAUUUUGCAUGUUCAGAACUCUGCAGAUCUCAGCCGUGAUGUGAUAAAGGUUCGUCCUUUAUGUCAUAGGCUUCAGAUAUUAAAUCACCGAACUAAACUUUUUUAAUGGAAUAGACUAAAUCAAUUCAUUAUAUUCAAAACUUUUAAUUUAUUAUUUUAUUCUAAUUAAAUUAAAGUUUACAAGAAGAUACAUAUUGGGCUAGGUCCUGGGUAUUUUGUCAAUUGAUAAAUACCUUGAUGCACGCAUCGCAGAAUACUUUCUUCAUUUAGCAUUGUGGAUUAUUUAUAUGAAUUUUCUUGCUCCUGAAUUCCUAUCCUCAGUUUGACUUGCUGAUUCUUGCUACUCCGGAGCAGCUUUUUCUUUGUUUUCAAACGAUCCUAGGCCCAUUGGGCUCAAAAUACCACGGACACACUAUGUUGUCCUAAUUAAUUUUUUCAUUUCCUAUCUCCUUUUUUAAUCCUUUCUUUGGUUUCUGUACGGAAACAUCUCUUCUAGUUUUUUUUUGGAAAAUAUUUUAUGGAUCUGCAGAUGGGCCAUAGAUUUUCAUUGUGUACCCGCUUGAUAUGAGGCACCCGGGUCAUCUGAGUCCCUUCUGUCCUCUGAUGUUUCUGCUUUCUUCUUUUAACAGUCGGAUAAUGCAAGUGUGUCAGUUCCUGAGCUUGAACUAGAUCUCACAAGUGGGACAUUGGGUGGGCUUGUUACAACAGUUGAAGGAUUGAUUACCAAAAUUAGCGAAAGUAAGCUCCGUAUCCAGUAUAAUUAACUUCCAUUUUUUUGUAUUGUGCUUCAGUUUACUAGUUCGUUUCCGAAUGUGGAUUCCAAGCCCAAACUAAUCGAUGCAAGUUUCUUUCUUCAUUGCACUUUUAGGGUUGUGAUCUUCGUUUAGAGAUUUACUGGUAACUACAACAUUGAAUUAGUCGAUUCUUCUAAGACACCCAGGUGCUGUCAUCAUUCGUAACGGCUUAGAGGGGGGGACCGAUUAACACUGAAUAGGUUUUUUUUUUUUUUUUUUUUUUUGUAUUAAACAAUGCAGGACAAUUGUCAUGUGGAUAAUGACAUUUAAGCACAGCUUAAGAAUAACUAUUAGCGCUUUGGUGCCCAUCUUAAUUUCAUCGAGUGGAAUGUGCCCUUCUUUAUAACCACAGAUCUUAUGAUGCUUAUGAUGGCAUGACCUCCAGUGUUUAUUCCGAAUAUUGGUCAUAUUGCAUAGAAUUAUACUGCAAAAAUAACUCUUCGAACAUUAGUAUGACGGUCAUAAAUAAAUAUUUUUCAUCAUUAAAUUUAUUCCACUCUGGACAAUAGAAACAUUAUGAUUUUUUUUCAGACCUUCAACGAGUUCAUGGAUUUACUUUUGGCGAUAGUCUUGAUGAUGGUAGAAGAAAGAAGUGGCUGGACUUCAAGGAAAGGCUUGCUAAGGUAUGCUCUAGAAUAUUACACACAGGGUAUUUUCUUUCUAGUUCCCCUGCUGCUAAUAUGCCUGCUUCUUUCUUGCCUUCAACUGUUGCAGCUGCUGAACAUGGAGCAACCAUGGACUUUAAUUAUUGAUGAUGCAUUAUCAAGUUCAUUUGUUUCACCAGCCACUGAUGCAAUCGAAGAUGACCAUCAGCUCAUCAGUAUGUUCUGGAUGUCAAUUUGCCUCGUUUUAUAUAUAACCUAUUGCAUUUCUUGCAGACAGAUUGGUUAAUUUCUUUGAACCUUCACCACGUUUGCAGUGGAGGAAUACGAGAGAACAUGGGAGCAGAAUGAGGAGCUGGGCUUGAAUGAUAUGGACACAUCUUCAGCUGACGCAGCUUACAGCAAUCCUGCAGAAAAUUGA